UUCAUGUGCAGGGCUUCAGAGCAAUCAGCUCCACACUGCCACAAGGCUGAGCAACAAGGACGGGAAGGUCUGUGGUAAAUAAACAUGGACACAAUUGGCAGCAUCCUUGAAAUGUGUCUCAUUGUUGACUUCUUCCGAGGAGGAAUACCUGGUGUCGGUGGAUUUAUCAAGAUAGAUAAUCUACCAGCUACCAUCACAAUAAAAGAAGACACUCCUCCAGGAGUUGCUAUCUUUAAUUUUUCAGUCAUUACAACAAGUACUGAUGUUACAUUAACUCCUCAAAUAGCAAAUACCAAUCCAGUCAACAACUUUUUUGCUAUCUCAAUUACAAGUGGCACAGACUUGGAGGUGACGGUCUCAGACAACACUGGACUGGACUAUGAAACUCAAUCCAAUUACGUCCUGCUAAUCUAUGUUACAGAUAAUAAGGGAUACUCAGAUUUCGAAACACUUACGGUUUUAUUAAGUGAUGUUAAUGAACCCCCAAGAUUCCUGGAUAACCUUGCAAAUGGAGCUGUAUAUGUUGACUUUCUGGAGAAUUUAGCGGUUGGUGCAAUUAUAUACGAAGUUCAAGCAAUUGAUCCCGACAGGAAUGACAAUAUUCUUUCCUACUCAGUGAAUUCCUCUUUGGUCACAAUUCAUCCCAGUGGGAAAAAUGGAGCAAUUCUUGUAGCAAAACCAUUUCAUUAUGAAAAAGAUUUUCACAGAUUCAUUGUAUUAGUAACUGUGAAGGACACAGUAGGUAACAGCAUCUAUGGGAUUGUGGUGGUUACUUUAAUUGACACAAAUGACCAUUGGCCAAUCUUUAAGCAAAAUGAAACAGUAUUUGAAGUCUCAGAAGAAACACCCCCAAAUUCAGUAAUUGGUAAAGUUACAGCCCAUGGUUCGGAUGAAGAUGGUGUAUUAAGCAACUUGAUUUAUGUUAUGAGUACAACAAACCAAUACUUCACCAUUAACUCAGUCACAGGUGAAUUGAUUGUAUCAGCAAUAAUUGACAGAGACAGUAAACCUUUCCGGAAUGUUCCAACCCAACAAUUUGAAGUUAUUGCUAAAGACAGCCUUUUUGGAGAGCAUGCAGCUUCAAUGACAGUGAUUGUCAUUGUAACAGAUAUCAACGAUAACCAACCCUUCUGUUUCCCACAUACACACAGCAUCCAGAUACCAGAAACAAUUGAAAAGGGUUCAACAAUUGUCACCAUAUCCUGUGAAGAUAAUGAUGUGGAUCUUGCAAACAGCCAGUUCACUAUUUCACUUCAGCCUGCUCUCCGUGCUGCUGGGAGAUUUGCACUGGAUGAGAAGAAUAAUGAUACUAUUGUGGUUAUUGGAAACUUGGACUUUGAAGCAACUGCUCAUCUCGAGGGUAACCAUGUUUACGUGAUGUCGGUAGUUGUGACAGAUAAAGCUCACCCACAUUACCAGGAUACUGUGACUGUUUAUGUCACAGUCACACCAGUCAAUGAAUUUAAUCCUUCUUUUACCCAGACGUCUUACACUUUCAACAUUUCUGAAUUCAGUGAAAUAGGAACAAAGAUUGGACAAGUGCUUGCAGAGGACAAAGAUCUUCCAGGCCUUGAACUCAUUUAUUCACUAGUAGGAGGGGGAAGCACUCUGGGCUAUAGUCAAUUAUUUUGGAUAAACCCAGCCUCAGGGGAAAUACAUCUUGUGGCUCAACCAGACUAUGAGGCAAUUGUCCAGUAUCUUCUGACAGUGCAAGCUGUUGAUAAAGACUCCAAUGAUCCAAAGGCUGCUACAGCUACUGUCACUGUUAAUAUUCUUCCGGCCAAUGAUGAACCACCUGACUGUCUUCCAAAGUUUUAUUCGAUGAUGAUUCUUGAUGACACCGCUUCGGGUACAAACAUUCAAGGGUUUCAGUUGGCCUGUACAGAUCAUGAUUCCUCCCCUCAGUCUUUCCGUUACUUCAUAACUUCAGGUAAUAUCAACAACCACUUUCAACUCUCUCCCAGUGCUGGAUCAAACAUCACUAAGCUGAUACUUGCCCUUCCUUUUGACUACACACACGGUGUUGACAAAGUCACAAAUUAUAACCUUCUAAUUCAAAUAACCGAUGAUAACCUUCUGGCUGGAAGCCGAAAGAGGAAAGUUGUACAAACAGGGAGAGUAAAGAUCAACAUCAGAGUUAUUGUCCCUACACCCAGUACUCAAGAAACCAUGACAACUCCCAAUAUUACCUAUAUCAGACUAUCGCAAAACACCUAUCAACCAGACUCCUGGUACAUACCACUCGUCAUCACUUUGGGUUGUUUAUUACUGCUUGGAAUGCUAGGAUACUUAGCAGAUAUUUACAUGAAUUACAUCCGCUCUAUACCAAAAUCAAAACUCGAGAAAAAGCCAUUGGUGGAAGAAAAAGAACCCAAGUCAAAGAAGCAACACAACGUGAUUUUGGAAAUGAUUACACACAACACAAUCUUUGAUGGAGAAGCUGUUGAUCCAGUAACAGGCAAUGUGUAUCAGUAUAACACAAACUCUGGAGCCAGACGCUGGAAGGAUACCAAGUUGCCCAUGAAAGAUUAUGGAAAUGUUCGAGAUGCAACUCCUAACUUAAUGUCCAAUAUUAACAACAAGACAAACUUUGCACAAAAUAGCAACGUGAAAGAUGUAAGUGCGGACCAGACCGAAAAUCAGAAGACUGACAAUGUCCAAACCUCCCUGAGACUAGCUUCAAAGCUCGGAAAACAAAACAAAGUCACAGGACAACUACUGGAACCACCUCAAACUCUCAAUUCUUUGUCUCAAGUUUUGCCAAAACGAGUGUAAGACAAACAUAGAAUUUUGUGAAAUAACUUAGAAUGGUUGUGUUUUAGAGUAUUUCUCAAUGCAACUUCAACUGAUAUUGGAAUCUGUCAUUUCUUUGAAAAGGCAAAAGAAUUCUACUAAAAUGUCCUGAAUGUUUGCAUAGUUUAGUCUAGACAGCUGGGUUUAGUAAGCUUGGAUUUAUUUAUGCAGUUACAGAGUCAGAAAUAUGUCAGAAGUUAAAUACUGAGAGGGCAUUCAAACCAGGGAGCAAAUAUCUGAUCUGACAAACUUCACUGUUGUUUCUUCUGAGUUGAAGCAUUUGGUAACAUAAGCAAGCAACAACAACUUGCAUUUAUGUAGCGUGUUUAGCUUAACGAAAGUAUGCUACAUUAAUUACAUCUUUUAUCAAUAUUUCUAGGUCUUCAAUUACCUUUUAAUUUAAUAGUUAGCAGAAGAAAACCUCAAUGUCAGAACAAAUCUCAAUGUGCUCCAUAUCCAUCAAUAUGUGUAAUCUCGAAUGUGUUGUUACUUUUCUUUUGUCCUCAGUACCAAGAGUGUGAUAUGUUACUCUUUUGUUUUGCAAUAGUCACAUACCUGAGGGAGAAUUUUAACUUUUUAGAAUCUGGGCACAGUGGGUGUGGGCAGUAAAUAAACAGUAAAAAAAAAGUCUU